GUCUGGGAUCUGCGGAUUUGUGAAUUCAAGCAUUCAGCUUGAAACGUCCGCGGCAUGUUAUCUUAUCACCGCUCGGUUUGCCCCCUUCUUCCCUUCCUUCCCAUUCUACACUCGUCCAUCGUUGCUCUGCAGUCUGCGUCAAUUCAUUCGAUUUCCCAAUACCAAAGCAAUUUUCAAAUUUCAUAAAUCAUUUCCCUCAAUCACGAACAUAACACUCUAAUCACAAUUUGCACCGAUACGAGAAGGUUUUAAAUGGAAUCGGAAGAUGAUGAUUAUGUAUUUUAUGGAACGCCAAUAGAACGCGAGGAAGAUAUUACUAGCCGUAAGAAGAAGGCCGUUGCUGAGGCUUCCGGUCACUUGCGAACCCUUCCGGUUUGGAAGCAAGAGGUCAGAGAUGAAGAAGGGAGGAGGAGAUUCCAUGGAGCAUUUACAGGAGGGUUUUCUGCUGGUUACUAUAAUACAGUGGGCUCUAAGGAAGGGUGGGCCCCUCAGUCCUUUACAUCGUCUAGGAAGAACAGAGCGGAGGUCAAACAGCAGAGUAUAUUGAAUUUCCUGGAUGAUGAUGAAAAAGAGGAAUUGGAAGGUCGUUUUUUGGGGACAUCUUCGCAGUUCGACACAUUUGGUUUCACUGCUGCUGAAAUUGCUCAUAAACAGGCUGAGAAGGAACAGCAAAAGAGGCCAUCAAUUAUUCCUGGACCAGCCCCUGAUGAAUUGGUUCUUCCAGCCACAGAGUCUGUUGGGGUAAAAUUGCUCUUGAAGAUGGGAUGGCGACGUGGUCGAUCAAUUAAGGAUUCACAUUCAAGUGCACUCCAUGACGCUAGAAGGCAAGCCCGGAGAGCUUUUAUAGCAUUUAGUAUGGAUGAUCCAGAAGUGCAAACUACUGAUUCUGAGCCUUUGAAGGAUGAUAUACAUAAUUCUCUUGAGGAGACUGUAAAUGAUGAUAUUUCAUCUUCUAAACUCACACCGGUUUACAUACUCAACCCAAAGCAAGACCUUUAUGGUUUAGGUUUUGAUCCUUAUAAGCAUGCUCCUGAAUUUAGGGAGAAAAAAAGAUUACGCACAUCUAGCAAAAGUGGAUCUGGGUAUAGCAAAGGUUUUUCCAUGAAAGAUAGUCUUUUUGGUUUGAAGUCAGGAAAGGUUGCCUCUGGCUUUGGAAUUGGAGCACUUGAAGAACUUGAUGAUGAGGAUGUGGAUGUUUAUGCUGGGCAUGAAUAUGAAGAUACUUUUGUUCAUGAAGUUGAGGAACCUUCAAAUUUGGAGAACAAGAAAAAGGUUAACCAAAAGAACCAGAGUAAUCUGCCUGGCUUUAGGGUUGCAUCCAAUGCAGACUAUCAAAUGGAAAGAUUUGAAGUUCCUGUGAUUCCCAAGGAUUUUGUACCCCACCACACAUUUUCUGGACCUCUGGAGAUUGACCACAAGCACUAUGAUGUUCCUCCACUUGAGGUUCCUCCUCCUGAGGAUGGCAAUUUGAAGAUAUUAGUUGAAGGGGUUGCAAAUUUGGUUGCUCGAUGUGGUAAAUUAUUUGAGGAUCUAUCUAGAGAAAAGAAUCAGUCAAAUCCAUUGUUCAACUUUCUUUCGGGAGGAACUGGCCAUGACUAUUAUGCAAGAAAACUUUGGGAGGCACGUCAGAAACGCAAUCAUCAAAUUAAGCAGCCAUUUGAUGGGAGAAUGCAUUCAGCUGCAGGUGUGCAGAGGCUGACUGCUGAGAACCGAGGGCAGAUCUUGGGGGAAAAGCCUUUAGAAAGAAGCUUCCAAGAUCCAACCCCACCUGUAGCUUCUGAUGUUCAUCUCCAGUUUAAUCUCACAGAUACAUUCACUAAGCCUGCAUCAUUUAGUAAGUUACCAGAGUUUGAGAAGCCUUUCAAAGAUGACCCUGCGAAGCAAGAAAGAUUUGAGCGGUUUCUGAAGGAGAAGUAUGAAGGGGGAUUACGUUCUACUAGUUCUAGCUUAGCUGGUAAUAUGUCAGAAGCUGCUCGUGCUAGAGAGAGACUAGAUUUUGAGGCUGCAGCAGAGGCAAUAGAAAAGGGAAAAUGUGGCAAAGGAAGCAAGCUGUUCAAUCCAUCUUCUAUGGAUUUUGCCCCAGCUGGCACCUUGCAAUUUACUUCUGGUGGAGUAGAGCCAAAGAAAGAUUUGCAAACUGAAGAUUCCUUAGCAAAGAAAAUUUACCCCAAUAGGGAAGAGUUUCAAUGGCGUCCUUCUCCCCUUCUCUGCAAGCGCUUUGAUCUCAUUGAUCCUUACAUAGGGAAGCCUCCUCCGGCUCCGCGGAUUAGAAGUAGGAUAGAUUCAUUGAUCUUUACAUCAGAUUCAGUCAAAGAUGCGAGGAUUGAAGAACCAGCUAGCACAAAGAAAAACAUCUCACAUGCGCCUCAAUUUGGCAAUGACAAUGCAACAAACAAAGUUGCCGGGAAUGAAGCUGAGGUGGAUGUAGAAGUUGAAAAUGUUGAAAGGCCAGUUGAUCUUUACAAGGCUAUUUUCUCUGACGAUUCAGAUGAUGAAGGCGAAGAAUCUAAUGUCAUCAAGGAGCAUAACCAAGAGAAAAAAGCUGAAGUUGCUAAUACAGCAUUAAGCCGUUUGAUUGCUGGUGACUUCCUGGAAUCUUUGGGUAAAGAACUGGGGCUUGAGGUUCCUCCUGACAUGCCUUAUCCUGCACCAAAAUUCAGAAAUCCUGCCCCUCAGAAUGAAACUGCUAAGGAAAAUGCAAGAAAUGACAUCCCAAAUAGAACUAACGGGGAAGUCUCCUUAAACCAACGUUUGAUGCAUGCCCAGGACGAUACUGCUGGCAUAUCAGAAAGUGACCUCAUUUAUGGAAAUGUUCUUGGAAGUGGCAGCAGUAAAGCCAAGGGAACUAGUACUGCUGACGGCAUGUCAAGUAAGUUCGAUAGGGAGAUGGAUGAUGACAGAAAAGUCAAAACACCUCGAACUCCCCGCCACGAUUAUGGUAGCGGUUCGUCAUCUGAAGAGGAAAGGAGCAGAAAACGCACCAGGCAUGAGAGUGGUAGCAUCAAAACCAAGGGAGCGGGUAUCGCUGACAGCAAGUCAAAUAAGUUCAUCGGGGAGAAAGAUGGUGGAAGGAAAAUUAAAACAGCUUCAACCCGACAUCAAGAUUAUAGCAGUUUAUCAUCUGGAGAGGAAAGGGACAGAAAACAUGCCAAGCAUCAUCGACAUAGGAGGCGUGAUUCAGGAAGUGAUUCGUCUGGUGAUGAUAAUGGAGAUCCUUAUUGUUCAAGGUCCAAUGGGAGAAACAAAGGGUCUUCUCGAGAAAAGAGUAGAAGUAGAAAGCACUCAAAACACCACGACCGUCGAAGACGAGACUCUCCAAGUAGAUCUUCUCGUCACAGAAAGGAGAAGGACCAUGCAGAUGCCAAAAGAGAGAAGAAGCGGAGGGAGUGAAGGAGAGGCAAGUCCUUUAUUUUGAAAUAAAAUCUUAAUAUACGUUAUUCACUAGUUCGUACAGCUCAUUUCUCAAAUUCUAUACAAAGAUCAGGAUUCAAGCUAGCUUGUUGUAAUUCAAGUAGAGGAUUGUUUUAAUUAUGUUUCAGAUUGCCACUGCUUAGCGUGUCUGCUUUGUUUUGACACGUAUACUGAAGAAAGUAGAGGAUUAUUUCUAUUUU